CAAAUUUCAUCAUGUUAGGAAGGGAAGAGAACCGUGAACACCAUUUCUGAAUUCAUUAUCAAGAGAGCGCGUUGAUACGGAAAAGCACAAAUCGGCGACGAAUUUGACCAUUUAAAUGGAAACCCAGCUCUUUGAUAGUCAGUUGAGUGUAGACCUUCUUCGAGUAACGUUCAUGUUAAAAAUCCCAUCGGUUGAUCAUGUUUUCGCUGGCUUUGCUGGCCCUGUCUCUGCUGACAUUGGCUUGGUUCUAUGUGAAGCACCAUUAUGAGUUCUGGGAGCGAAGAGGAUUCCCGUACGACAGCCACUCCGGGAUUCCAUUCGGAUGUCUGGACAGCUUCUGGAGGCAGGAGAAGAGCAUGGGCUUGGCCAUCUACGACGCGUAUGUGAAGAGCAAAGAGCGCGUCUUGGGCAUUUACUUGCUCUUCCGACCGGCGGUUCUGGUCAGAGAUGCCGAGCUGGCACGCCGAGUGCUGGCCCAGGAUUUCGCCAGCUUCCACGACCGCGGGGUGUACGUCGAUGAGGAGAAGGAUCCGCUGUCGGCUAAUAUAUUUUCCCUGCGAGGUCAGAGCUGGCGGGCCAUGAGGCACAUGUUGUCGCCCUGCUUCACCUCCGGGAAGCUGAAGGCCAUGUUCAGCACCUCCGAGGACAUUGGCGACAAAAUGGUGGCUUUUCUACAGAAAAAGCUGCCAGAGAAGGAUUUCGAGGAGGUGGAUCUCAAGAAGGUGAUGCAAGACUACGCUAUCGACAUUAUUGCCUCGACCAUCUUUGGCUUGGACGUAAACAGCUUCGAAAACCCGGACAACAAGUUCCGGAGACUGGUGUCGAUUGCCAGGGUCAAUAAUAGGUUCAAUGCCUUAUUCGGUAUGAUGAUCUUCCUUUUGCCCUCAAUGGCCAAGUUCCUGUUCAGAAUUGGUUUUAAAAACCCAGUCGGUCUGGCCAUGCUGGAGAUUGUCAAGGAAACCGUUGAGCACCGAGAGAAAAACGGAAUUGUGCGCAAGGAUCUGCUCCAGUUGCUUAUUCAGCUAAGGAACACGGGCAAGAUCGAGGAGAAUGAUGAGAAAUCCUUCAGCAUCCAGAAGACACCAGAUGGUCAUAUCAAGGCCAUUUCCUUGGAGACCAUCACCGCUCAGGCGUUUAUAUUCUACAUAGCUGGUCAGGAGACCACUGGGUCCACUGCAGCCUUUACCAUCUACGAGUUGGCGCAGUAUCCAGAGUUGCUGAAGCGUUUGCAGAAUGAGGUGGACGAGACGCUGGAGAAGAACGACGGCAAAAUCACCUACGAUUCCCUGCACAAGAUGGAGUUUUUGGAGCUGUGCCUGCAGGAAACCAUUCGCAAGUAUCCGGGUCUUCCCAUCCUGAACCGUGAAUGCACCCAGGACUAUACUGUUCCCGACACCGACCAUGUGAUUCCAAAGGGAACCCCUGUUGUGAUCUCUCUCCAUGGUAUUCACCACGACGCCGAGUACUUCCCAGAUCCAGAGACCUAUGAUCCCGAUCGGUUCUCGGAGGAGAGUCGCAACUACAAUCCCACUGCCUUCAUGCCAUUUGGAGAGGGUCCCAGGAUUUGUAUUGCCCAGCGAAUGGGUCGUGUUAACGCCAAACUGGCUAUCAUUAAAAUUCUGCAGAACUUCAACGUUGAAGUGAUGAGCAAACGCGAGAUAGAGUUCGAAAACAGCGGUAUUGCACUGAUGCCCAAACAUGGAGUUCGAGUUCGUCUGUCCAAGAGGGUGCCCCACUCCCACUAAACCGAUGAAAUACAAUGGUUAAGUGGCCAUAAAUUCGCUUUGAUUAUAGUCAAUCCGCUAAGUGCCAUUAUGGCAAUAGAUGAAAAAAGAUAACCUUCAUAAAAUGUAGCCAUUUGUCGUUGAAUGAUCAACUUAUAAAACUUAGAUUAAUGCUUUAGGUCUUAUAUCAAAUAGAUUUAAAUAUUGGAAAACUGUCCUUUAAUAACCACAGCCAAUUGUUUUACUUUAAAAACCUAUUAAAAUAAAACAUUUUCAAACAAUGUAGUUUGUUCAUACUUUUUAAACAUU